ACUUUUUGGACACAAAAGUAUUAACAUAGUUUUUUUUUUUUUUGCAGAUAAUCAUUUGAGAUUUUCCAUCUUUUAACAAUUACCAUUUAGCACUGAGUUGUUAUCAGACAAAGUAGAUAUCUAUAUUUAGAGAUGUGGUUAACGUGUUUACUGAAGAGUUCAAAACAGAAGAAAAUGUAAUCAAACCAUUUUGUUCAUAUGUUUGAAAAUGAGACGGUGUGACUUUUGAGAAUAAAGAUAUAAAUCUCCCUUUUACAAAUCAGAAGCUGAAUGCUUAAGUGAUACAGUUCAAUACAGUCAGGGGCUUUGUAGCGGAGAGAAAUUAGUCUGAAUAUGGUCACAACUAACAAAUGAGAAUUAAGAUUUGCAAAGUGUUAUAAUUAAUCAAAAUAUUGCAUAUUUUUGGUCCCAUCCACAUCCAUUAAGGGAUUUUGACACAUGUAAAACAGUUUUACAAAUUGCAAAUUCCACAUUGCAACCUAAAUAAAUAUUAAUGACACACUUUUACUUUAACUGCACAGAUCUGAUACACUUUGCUUUCAUCCAUAAAUGCCUAAAAAUAUUUUUUUCCUUUCUUUCCUAUUUAUUUACAUAUUGUUAAAUGUGUGCGCACAAUUCACCUGAUACACACUGACUGACAAAAGCAUGCUGUGUUUGAGCUCUAGUAAAAAAAUGCCGCUAUAUGCUGAAUAUGUACGAAAAGUUAGCUUCUUAAAAGUUCGACUACUCUUUUGUAAGAUACGAAAAGCUACGCUAAACUAAACUUAGUUUUUCAGUUAACCAGCUUAGUGCUUCAGAAAACUUUUCCCACGACUGGUGAGCUAAUUUCUCUGUUGUGAAAACACAAUGUUUGUGAAACAUGUGAAACUUUAUUUUUGAGAAGUCGAGAUGGGCAAUUCUGUAUGUAAUCAUCCCGACUCCACUCCUCCCUCCUCUCACCCCGACAUGUUCCUCUCCACAGGGUUGUUUAAGUUCAUCUCGACCUGACAGAUACUGAAUUCCCUCCCCUCGAGCGCGAUGGAUGUGUGUUUCACUGCUAGCCCAGCUUGUACCAGCGGUGGCUCUGCUAUGUGCGGCCAGAUGAGUAAAAAGGCUGCUAAUCACGUGAGUCUCAGAGGUCAGAGCAGAGAUGGCAAGAACAGACAAGGAUCAGGAUGUGUCGCCGCUCCCAGCCAGGGGCCCAGAGAGCGCCCUCUCUCAACAAUCUGCACCUCUAACGUGACCCAACGUUCUCAUCAGCGGCGGUGGUCGGCCGACUUUUGCAAGUGUGGACCCUCCCCUGGCAUUACUGUGAGGAAGAACAAGAAGGAACCACAGCCCCCUCAGCGAGGCGUAUCCCUCUCCCAGCCCAACGCAGCAUCCCAUCCCUCGUCCAAGCGCUACUCCUGCCCCCCCCUCGGGGUCCGCAGCUCACCAAGUCAUUUAUCCACCUCUUCUUCAGCUUCCUCCACCUCGUCUUGCUCCUCUCCUCCUCCUGUCCCGACGUCUGCCAUCACCGGUCCUGACCCUCUAGGCUGGAAGCUGCGUCUGCCGUCGAGCUCCACCUCCCCCCGGGCUCGCACCAACAGGCUGUCCCUGCAGAUUCCCCUCCCCGUCGUCGCUCCUCAACCCAAAUCUAGUUCCGCACCUCCCUCUCAGUCGGACAGCGCUCCCAAUCCGGACCCCUCCCCCAGAACCAAACCUCCUCUCAGACCCAAACCACCCCGUCGCCACUCAGACUCCUCGGCUUUCCUCAGAUCUCUGGCGAACCCUCUCCCUGCCGUGACGCUCGAGGAGCUCCGUGGCGUGCACCUCCGCCCGGUCGCUCUUGCAGACGAGUCGGACGACGUGUUCGGCGAGGAAGAGGAGGAGGAGGAGGCGAAGGCGACCGCCCGGCCACGCAAAAUACCGCCGCCUGUGGCAGAAAAAACCGCCAUGGCAAGACAAGUGGCGCAGCUCAUUGCUCUUUCACGCCAACGCUGCAAAGGUAACGAAGAAAACAUUUACACCAGCGUUAUAAAGCCAAAACCCAAAAGGUCACACCAGACUGAGGACCACAGCAGCCUGCAGGAGAGGAAAACUGCAGGGCUGCGUGUGGACGCCAGCUGCGACAGGGAGAGGUCCACUCCACGCUUCCCCGGCUGAGGACAUGCCCAACACCAUUAACCAUUAACUACCCCAGACAGCUUUUUUCAGAUUAUGUGGAUCUGCUGUGUUUUGGACGCCAUGGUCAUAUAGCCUCCUCUGAGUUUUCUGCACUCAAAACUGUGACAUUUCUGGAGUUUAAAGGCCCCAUGUUGUAGAAAGUGAGAUUUCGGUUAAUAAACAGGUCUGUGUGCAAUGUCGAUACUGUGAGUGUAUCAACACGCUCAGUACAUGGAGAAAUGCACACAGCCAAUAUUCAGAAAUUGUGCCUUUAAACGCGCUGUCAAGACUUCUGUAAGGUUGUGAUGUCACAACUGCCGUCAACGCACUCACAGCAACAGACCUGAUGUGUAAAUCCAAUGGGUGGUACCCGCUCAGGCCUGUGGAUGCUGACCAAUCAGAGAGGCCUUAAAGAGACAGGCACUAAAAUGGAGUCUACAGACAGAGGAUGUAACAAUGGACAGUAAGGGAAAAAUAUUGUUUUUUUUUCUCUUAUAUUCAAGCAUGUAAAAAAUGUUUUGUUAUCACCCCAAAUAAAAGUAUGAAACUGAAAAUCAGCAUAACAUCUUACCUUUAAAACACACUUAUCCUAGCUGAUGGAUUACACACAUGAAAAAUCAUUGGCACGGUGAUGAUUUCCCUUCUGCUGUGAAUAUUUGGUUUCAGCUCUCAUUAGGUUUUCAAAGCUACUUUUGAAACAGACCCUACAGAUGCUGCGAUUCCAGCUGGCCUCCUUAUAGGGAUAACAAAUCAUUCAAUAUCUCUUCGAGUCACUGCUGUAUACUGUAUUUGCACUUGCACUGUACAGAAUCUGCACAAUGUGUUCUGCUCGCUGUAGGCUACGCAUGAUAUUAAAUAUGAUAUUCUUGCUCAUAAAAUGAAUAAUUUUGAACUCGGAAGUGAUGGCAAUAAAUCCUGUAUCAUCUCAGUUAAUUCAGAUUUUUUUCUGUUCCUUUCUUCCUUGCUGCUGACCUUGUCGAACAAAAACCCCUUCCCUCCUGUCAAAUAAAGAAAUACUGGCUAAAAAG